UCCAUUCACAUACGAUAUAAUAAUAAUACUUUAAAUAGCAUAUAUUAUAUAUAUAUUAAGCCCCAAUCAAAAUCCGAAUUGAUUGAUAGAAGGGUGUUUGUGUGUUUGUUUGGGUUCGAAAGAAAGCAAAAACCCUAAUAAUCUGUGGUUGUGCCCUGACCAUGCCAAUGAAGGGGCUUUUCAAAUCAAAGCCUCGGUCGCCCGUCGACCUCGUCCACCAUCUCCGUUCUCUCCUUCCUUUCGCCGCUCCCAAUCCCUCCAUCCGUAAAUCCAAACGCGAUGAAAAGAUUGGUGAAUUAAGUAAAGUGAUUUUUGAAAUACGAACAUUACUUUAUGGAGAUGAACGGUCAGAACCAGCAGCAGACGCUUGUGUAAAGUUGACACAAGAGUUUUUCAAAGAAGACACCUUCCGCAUGUUAAUUGCUUCCCUCCCUGAUUUGGACCCUGGGACACGUCAAGAUGUUACACAUGUCAUCACAAAUUUGCAGAACCAACGAGUAAAUGGACGAUUCGUUGCCUCUGAAUACCUGGAGAAAAAUGCAGACAUUCUGGCUAUGCUGAUACCUGGUUGUGAUGACUCGGAGCUUGCUAUAUCAUAUGGUGCAAUUUUAAGAGAAUGUCUUCGGCAUCAAGUUGCUGCAAAGUAUAUCCUGGACUCAGAUCACUUUAAAAAGUUCUUCAGGUACAUACAAGAUCCAAGUUUUGAAAUAGCAUCAGACGCAGCAUCAACUUUUAAGGACCUAUUGACCAGGCACAAGUCAACUGUUGCUGAUUUUCUUUCCAAAAAUUAUGACUGGUUCUUCAAGGAGUACAAUACAUUGCUGGAAUCUUCCAACUACAUUACCAGAAGGAAUGCUGUAAUGCUGUUGGGAUCAAUGUUACUGGAUCGCUCAAAUGCCUCUGUGAUGGUUCGAUAUGUGUGCUCAUUGGACAACAUGAGGAUUCUCAUGAAUCUUCUUAGGGACUCGAAUAAGACCAUACAGGUAGAAGCUUUCCAUGUGUUUAAGCUUUUCCCUGCUAACCAGCAAAAGCCUCCAGAGAUAGUGAAUGUGCUAGUUGCAAAUAGGAGCAAACUCAUUCGGUUUUUUAGUGACUUCAGUUUUGAAAAAGCCAAUGAGCAAUUUGAAUCCGACAAAGCUGAAGUGGUGAAGGAAAUUGCCACCCUUGAGCUGAAGGGUCAACCAUGCUCGACUUUGAAGCAAUGCGAAGAAAUUUCAUGCUAAUCAACCACCAAUCGAACACUCUAAAACUAGUUGCUUGGUAACUCUUUUUUAUCUGUUGAACCAAGUAGAAGAAAUGCCUUCAUAUAUUUCUAUUUAACAUGAUAUGAAGGCAUGGUAGUUGGUUUUGUUUAGAUGCUUCACAUCUGAAGGUUGCCAUUAUUUUCUUUUGU